CUCUUCGAAAGGGGAAAAAGGCGGCGGUGGUUGCGCCGCUGCUGCGCUGCAGGAAGAGAGUGCGAGGGCAAAGAGAGGGAGAUAGAGAAUGAAAGAGUGAGAAAGGGAGCACGAGAGACGGAUAUAGCAGGGUUUCAGGAAGGAGGUCGGAAAAGAAGAGGAGAGAAAAGAACGUGAGGAAAAAGAAAGACACAGACACACAGCAGCAGUGGAUCUUGAAUCAGCCCAUAUCAGUUAAUAUAUAUUGUCAAUUUGGGCCAAACACAAAAGGGUGCAGAACGGGAAAGAGGCUGCCGUAUCCUGUCCUGAAAAGGAGUCUGCAACAUUGCCUUAAAACUGGAUCUCUCUGACAGCAAGAUGGCAUCGGAAACGAGGAAAGAUGGUGGCGACAGUGAGGCAGUGGCAGGUCCUAGGUGGAUGGAGAUGGUGAAGGAGCGGUGGCAGGCUAUUCGGGAGCAUGCCGAGACAUAUCCCUUCGUCUGGGCCUCGUACAUCCUCGUCUAUGGUGGCGUGGGCGUCUAUAUGACCUACCGGUGGAGGAAGCUCAGGAAGACAGAAGAGAGGGUCAGAGCUCUCCACGAGCACCUCAAGAAGCUCGUGGAGGCAGAUGAGGCUGCUGCCUCCAAGAGUUCGCUGGCGACAGCAGAGGGGAUUGCUGAGAAGGUAGAGAAGAAGGGAAGCUGAAUGGUUGUGAAUUUGUGUACUUGGAUGGAAUUGCUCGGAUAAUCUCCCCUUUUUAAAUAAUAUUGCCUCUUUUUCUUC